GGGGUGGGAUUGCGGCGGGAGCGGCGGCGGCGGCGCGUGCAGUGCGCGCGGGGAGGCGGGCCCGGCGGCGUUAAACCUCCCCCGGGCCAUGUCUCGGUCGGACUGAGCGGGGCCGGUCCCAUGCGGCGCCGGUAGCGCCCGUCAGCGAGCGUAGCCGAGCGCAGCGCUAUGGCCGACGCGGCGCCCGCUGAGCCGGGGCCGGAGCCCCAGUGCGAAUCGGAGCUUCGCUCCGAGGCGCGGCCGGAGCCUCAGGCUGAGCCCGAGCCGCAGGCUGAGCCCGAGCCGCAGCCCGAGCGCGGAGAGGCGCCGGCGGAGGACGGCGAUGCCGGGCGGCUGCCGCCCCCCGGGGCGGAGGCGGCGGCGGGCGGCGCCGAGGGGCGGCCGCCGGCGGGUGGAGCGGGGCGUCCCGGCCUGGGCCCGCGGUACCGGGCCGUGGGACGCACCGAGGAGUGGCCGGUGAAGAAGAAGCACCGUCGGCGGCCGUCGAAGAAGAAGCGGCGUUGGAAGCCGUACUCGAAGCUGAGCUGGGAGGAGAAGCAGCAGUUCGACGAGCGGCAGAGCCUCCGCGCCUCCCGGCUGCGGGCGGAGAUGUUCGCCAAGGGGCAGCCGGUGGCUCCCUACAACACCACGCAGUUCCUCAUGGAGGACCAUGACCAGGAGGAGCCCGACCUGAAAACCGGGCUGUACCCGCGGCGAGCGGCCGCCAAGUCGGACGACACGAGCGAGGAGGAUUUCCUGGACGACGCGGCGGAUGAGGACGGGGGCAGCGACGGGAUGGGGGGGGACGGCAGCGAGUUUCUGCAGAGGGACUUCUCGGAGACGUACGAGCGGUACCAUGUGGAGAGCCUGCAGAACAUGAGCAAGCAGGAGCUGGUGAAGGAGUACCUGGAGCUGGAGAAGUGCCUGUCGCGCAUGGAGGAGGAGAACAACCGGCUGAGGAUGGAGAGCAAAAAAGCCGGGGGGGAGGCGGCGGACCCGGCGCGGGUGCAGGCGCUGGAGCGGGAGGUGGACAGGCUGCGAGCCGAGAACCUGCGGCUGCUGCGGGAGCAGGAGCUGCCCCGGCAGGAAAAGGGCCCCUGCAAGCCGGGGGAGUGACACUGGACAGGGGGGCGCGGGGGGGUUUUUACAGUGCUGGGUGGAACAUUCGGUCCUUGUACAGAGUCGCCGCGGACCCUUUUUAUGGGCUAAAUGCAGCUGGAGGGGCCGAGGGCUCCCCCUUUUUUAGGUGGCUGUGACGGGGUGAGGGGGGGUUGAUGUUUUGGUGAUACCUGGUUUAUGGUUUUAUUUUUUUUGUGUCUAAACCAAAAAAAAAAAAAAAGAAAAAAAAGAAAAUCCCCAGGAAAGCUGUAAAUUGGCCAAAACUGACUAUAAAAAUAUAGAGGUCUAAUAAAUUUAAUUACUUGUAACUGUAA